AUGGGAAGUUUAAAUAUUGCCGAGUGGUCUCCGGACCAGGUGGCUGAGUGGUUGUCGGGGUUGGGGCCGACGGUGGCUAGCUAUGUCCCGGCGCUGCGGCAACGCGGCCUGAACGGGUCGAAAUUACUUACGCUCCGCUGUGAUGAUCUUGAGUACCUCGGAAUCCAUAUCAUUGGUCAUCAGGAACUGCUACUAGAAGCAGUCGAACAUUUGCGAAACUUUGUACGUAACUUUCGAUUCAGUUGA